AUGAGCAGCCAUAGAUCUGCUGCUACCAGGGCUGGAAAACCAGGGGUUGGUGCUGCGUCUGGUGCUGGGACUGUGGGCCUGGAAGCAACAGGAACCGGGAACCAGGAGGAAAGACAACUUGAAGAGCAAGCAGACACACAAGGGAGCCCUAGACCCAGGGAUCAGGGAUGGCCCUCCACUGGGGUCCGCUUGCUCCGGGUCAAGGUGGAGGCCAUCCAUCCAGACUGUGCCUUGGUGUCCCAACACAUGAAGGCCCAGCAGAGCUGUAUCCACACACGCAGACAGGAGGGUCGCAACCGUUCUGCCAGGACAGGGUGUCGUACGGAGUGGGAUGAGGUCAGGUGCUGGUACCGGGCUGAUGUGGGCCAGAUUGUCAAUGUGUCUUGCUCAGACAUCUCCCAGCUCUUCGCCAACAAAGGUUACAUCUUCAGGAACUGUACGAUGGGUGGCUGGACAGAGCUGUACCCUACAUAUGAGGAGGCCUGUGAGUUCGCAGAGGAGUCAGAGACAGGAUCAGAGACAACAUACUUUUUGACCAUCAGUCAGGUGUACACUGCUGGAUACGCCACCUCCCUCAUCUCCCUCAUAUCAGCCAUUUUUGUCUUCGCUGUGUUCAGGAAGUUCCACUGUACCAGGAACUACAUCCACAUCAACCUCUUCUCCUCGUUCAUCCUGAGAGCCAGUGCCGUCUUCAUCAAGGAUGGGGUUCUUUUUGCUGAUGAGAACUUCGACCACUGCUUCAUGUCCACUACGGCGUGUAAAUCAGCAGUGGCGUUCUUCCAGUUCAGCAUCCUGGCUAACUACUUCUGGUUGCUGGUCGAGGGCAUGUACCUCCAGACGCUCCUUGCCCUCACCUUUGUCUCACACAAUAAGUACUUCUGGUGGUACACACUCAUCGGCUGGGGUCUCCCAACCACAGUAUUGGUGGUGUGGGUUCUGACACGAAACUUCUAUGAUAACAGAGGUUGCUGGGACGACACCGAUGUGGCCUUCAUUUGGUGGAUUAUCAAAGGGCCUAUAACUGCAUCACUGCUGGUCAACUUCAUCAUCUUCAUUAAUGUGAUCCGUAUUCUGGUCCAGAAGCUAAAAUCUCCCGGUGUCAGGGGACACAACACAGGCCACUUCAUGAGGCUGGCUAAGUCCACCCUGUUCCUGAUCCCUCUGUUUGGGAUGCAUUACAUGGUGUUUGCCUUCCUACCAGAGAACACAGGAGAGGAGGCACGCAUCUUCAUAGAGCUGGGUCUGGGAUCCUUCCAGGGCUUUUUUGUGGCUCUGCUCUACUGUUUCCUGAAUGGAGAAGUGCAGGCGGAGCUGAAGAAGCGUCUGUGGAAGUGGCAGACCCAGGGCUAUAUGAGCUACAGUAGGAGAAGACGCACUCUAUUCACAGAGAGCUCCACCGUCACACAGAUCUCUGUGCUGGAGAAGUCCUCCCCCAAGGAAAUGCCCUGCAUCAGUGACACAUACACACUCUCACACACCGACACACACACACUCACACACAGCUCUGUCUCAAUCUGUGAUGACACACACACCCUAACACACAACUCUGAUUCCACCUGCACUGACACACUCACACACACUGUCUGAGUGAACAAUAAUUAAAUGUCUCUCUUUUCCUUCUCCUUCUCCUGCAAUCCCCAAAUAUCAGAUAGAACUGUCUCUAGAGAGGUCUCUCUUUGAAUGUUGUUCCAUAGAUUGUGGUAUCUGUUGUGUUGACUGAUUGACUUGGCUGGGGGGUUCCAUAGACUGACGAAGAACUCUACAGGAAAAUCCUUGAGUCCCUAAAUCGCAAUUGCCACAGUUUGACCAGAUUCCCAACUGAAGCAACCCUUAUAGUAUCUACAAUAUACAGUAUAUUUCAUAGUACAAUGAUAUACACAGCCUUGUGUGUCAGGGCAUUUCGAACUGUACUGUGUUUGGGUUGUUUGCUGGUAUUUUUGCCAGACAUGGGCUUUGCUGGCUGUGUGCUCUAGUCACUACAGUAGACUCUAGUGGACUGUGCUUGUAUCCAGAGUAGUAAGAAAUCAAACAGUGCCUGCAUCUGAAAUGGCAAAUUAUUCCCUAUAUCAUCCAUGUUCAACUGACCUCUCUCCCCUCAUCAACCUGAAGUGUACAGAGAAGAACAACCACUUAUCAGUGGUGGAAAAAGUACC